AAACAAGUCCCCAAUUCUCGUCCGUCCUCGCCGCGGGCAGCGGGCGGCGGAGGCAGCGUGCCGCGGUCGCCGGGAGCCGGGAGCCUCGGGCGCUCGCUCCUCGGCGCAGCAUGUUCCAGCCGGCGCCCAAGCGCUGCUUCACCAUCGAGUCGCUGGUGGCCAAGGACAGUCCCCUGCCCGCUUCGCGCUCUGAGGACCCCAUCCGUCCCGCGGCGCUCAGCUACGCCAACUCCAGCCCCAUAAACCCGUUCCUCAACGGCUUCCACUCGGCCGCCGCCGCCGCCGCCGCCGGCAGGGGCGUCUACUCCAACCCGGACUUGGUGUUCGCCGAGGCGGUCUCGCACCCGCCCAACCCCGCGGUGCCCGUGCACCCGGUGCCGCCGCCGCACGCCCUGGCCGCCCACCCCCUGCCCUCCUCGCACUCGCCACACCCCCUCUUCGCCUCGCAGCAGCGGGACCCGUCCACCUUCUACCCCUGGCUCAUCCACCGCUACCGAUAUCUGGGCCACCGCUUCCAAGGGAACGACACAAGCCCGGAGAGCUUCCUUUUGCACAACGCGCUAGCCCGCAAGCCGAAGCGGAUCCGAACCGCCUUUUCCCCGUCCCAGCUUCUGAGGCUGGAACACGCCUUCGAGAAGAACCACUACGUGGUGGGCGCCGAGAGGAAGCAGCUGGCGCACAGCCUCAGCCUCACGGAAACUCAGGUAAAAGUAUGGUUUCAGAACCGAAGGACGAAAUUCAAAAGACAGAAGCUGGAGGAAGAAGGCUCAGAUUCCCAACAAAAGAAAAAAGGGACGCACCAUAUUAACCGGUGGAGAAUCGCCACCAAGCAGGCGAGUCCCGAGGAAAUAGACGUGACCUCAGAUGAUUAAAAACACAAACCGAAACGGACAACCCGGAGCAAAACAGAGACAGGGAGAGGAGGGGUAGAAGAAAAAAACAAACCUACAAAACAAAAACAAACCGCACACACACAUUCACCGAAAAAAGGAAGAGGGAGUCAGAGAGAUCUUCGGUGCAUCGCAGACUUUGAGCAGCGGGGGCGCAGGGUCCUGAUCCCAGGCUGCGCGGAUAUGGCAGAGGACGGAGGCUUCUUGAUCAACAUGCAACCCUUGUCUAAAGAGGCAGCUGAGUGAGAGAAAGAGAGAGAGAGAGAGAGAGAGAGAGGGAGAGAAAGAGAGAGAGAUCCAAAAGUGGCAAAGCCCAAGGCGCUCUGAACAAGGGAAGCUGUCAGUCAAACGCCAAACCAGCGAGAGAGGAUGAUUGGCAGGUAUUCCGUUUAUCACAGUCCUGAUUUGUUGUUUUUUUUUUUUUUUAAAUAAUGAUAAUAAUGAUGGUGAAAGAAAACCCCAACCAAGCACAGGACUUUUUUAUUUUGCACUUCACAGAGUUCCCCCCCCCAUCUUUAAAAAUAAUUAGUAAUAAUAACAAUCGAAAUUCCAUAUCCAGCCCCAUCCCACACCUGUUCAAAAACUUGAAUUGCAUGUAGCAGUUGUUGGGUGAAUGGUACCUAAAGACAGAAAAUGAAUUGUAAUUUUCUUUUCCUUUUAAAGACAGGUUCUGUGUGCUUUUCAUUUUGAUUUUUUUUUCUAAGAAUGUGGAGUCUGUAAACACUUUUUUAUACCUUCUGACGUCAAAGUGAUUGUGAAAGGUACACGAAGUAGGCUCAGCGAUAGGGGUCCUCUUACAGAGA